CAGUACAAGGCACAGUGCCCGCGCAGUUCGUACACCAACCAGCUCUGAGGAGUCACGUUGUUAUUCUGGUUAUCCCAUGACCAUUGUCAUGACGUUUCAAUAGCCCGAACGACUCUUACUAGUAACUUUCUUCUUGCCUAAGCGAGCCUACAUCGUUGUAUUUGUUUUGAAGUCCUCGUUUCCCUCAUAAGUCGAGCGGGGUACUUCUGUACACAUGGCGGCACCGAAGCCUACGCACGCGUACGUCGAAUACAAGGACGGAGACAAGGCGAUCGUCGCUGUGAGUCUCAUCAAGCGCUACAGUCCGAACGACGUGACCGAACUGGCGAACAACAAGCUCGUGUGCUGGAGGAAGAGUAGAAAGGGCUACGUGGCCGACCGCUACAUCCGCGGAGACGUCUUGACGUUGGGAUAUGGCAUAGAUGACCUAGUCGCUCGUAUGUUAAAGCAAGGAAAGAUUGUGCCAAAGAAGGUGCUUGAAGAUAGCAGCCAAGGCAUUCGCCUCAAGAAGUCAACACUCCAGGGUGCAAAACAAAGACAGCACCAUUCAAAAGUGCCAAAGAAGCCAGCGACCAGCAAGAUAUCAGGGAAAAGAUGCAGGGAGGAUUUGGACUCUGAGACUGAAGAAGAAGAAGAAGAACAAGUGCCUCGCAGGCUGCUCCAGGAAGCAGAGAACAAGAUUGCCGAGCUUGAAGAAAGACUGCGAGUUUCAGAGGAGAGGCUACAUGAAGAGCGGCAGCAAAACAUCAAACUUCAAAACCUUCUUGAGCAGAAAAUGGAUUCUAUGGAGGCCUCAAUCAUUGCAGCAAUAAAGUCGGAACAACAUGGUGCACGGCUUGCUUCACAGAAUUCACAACAGGAGGCCAGGGCUGUGCGGCAAAAACGUGCUGCGCUGCACAAGGACUGGGGCGCCGUAAACCCUAGGAAGGAGACGCCAGUGGCAGCCGAUCCUCAGCCAAGUCAGCCUAGUUCUGUGCUUCCACCUCGGGAAGAACAGGCAGGCAGUGAGGAAGCCGUUGCUGCACCUUCGUCACCCGGCAGCCCAAAUAUUGACGAGCCUGAACAAACACAGCCCGAGAUGGACAUGGAUGCUCCACUGUUCAAACCAGUUAACGGAAAGAGGAACAGGCGGGAGCGCUCUGUCAAGCUGAGGCGACAGGACGUGGGGCUGCGGUUUCUUCCAUGGACCGGACACCCAACGAAGGAGAGCACUGUCCCGGAAUUCCCACUCUUGCGCACGGCCCACGUCACUGGUCAUGCUCUCUCGUGCCACGCUGUGCACAAAAUCGCCAUGCUCUUUGCCACCGAACAGUGCACACAUUCAAAAGUGGCCUAUUACCACUUCGUGAAGGCACAUCCCAACACAUUGCACACAGUUGACAGGAGACUGAGAGACCUCAACAAGCACCUCGCAUCUUUUCUCCAAGACGUGGAUAAAAAAGAGAGAUUGUCUAGCUCUCGCUGA